AUGUACAUAAAAAUCUACAAGUGCUUAGCAGCAGCAGCAGCAGUCAUAACUAUCGUACUGUCCAUCAGCGCCGGUACUGUACAGUUGAGCGACAAUCACCAAUGCAAUUGUCGCCGACAACUGGACAAACGGGCCAACAGAUGUCUACUACAGCCAGAAGCUGUUGAGGGGCCGUACUAUUUGAAUCAACGAUUGGUUAGGCGAGACAUACGCGAGCGCCGGCCGGGCGUACCGUUUGAAUUGAAACUCAAGCUGACCAAUGUUCGUACGUGUAGACCGUUAGACAACGUACGGGUCGAUGUUUGGCAGUGCGACGCUACCGGUAAUUACUCCGGAUAUAUCAGCUAUAGAGGACCGACUGAUGUUAGUCAUGUUGAACCUGUCGAUGACUAUCGGUUUCUAAGGGGAAGUCAGUUUACCGAUUCGGACGGUAUGGUCCAGUUUGAUACCAUAUUUCCCGGUUGGUAUCCAGGUAGGACUGUACACAUACAUUUGAUGGCCUAUUCGGGUCCCAAUAGGAUACAUACGGGACAGUUGUAUUUUAGUGAACAACUGACCCGCAAUAUGGCCCGACUGGAGCCGUACAGACAGUCCAAAGUCGAGCGUAUGAUCAAUGAAGAGGAUCUAGGAUUUACCGAAGAUAACGGCGCCCGAUCUAUGGUCAAACAUGUCAAAGUUCAUCGGUAUAAUCAUACCUAUCCUCUAUUGACAGCAACAGUUAUGGUUGGCCUAAAUGUUUGA